GGAUGAUGCUAGCUUCCACUGACAUUUCACACUGCACAUGUGCAACCGGAUAUCAAUUCCCGCCACCACCUUGAACUAUUUUGAUUAUUAUUGACAAUGAAACCACUUUUCAAAACAAUAAUUUUAUUUCAACAGAAAUCAUAAUUUACUGUCGGAAAAGUACUCCUAUUUAUCCAGUACAUUGUAGUAUAUAUUAUAUGUGCGUGCAGAAAUAACACAUAUGAUCAGCAUCACUGACUUGUGAUCUACACUAGAAAUAUCUGAUGACAUUUGCAUGAAAAUAAUUCUAACUUCAGAUGUAUCAUGGAUAUUUAUCAUCUUUUAAAAAGUAAAGGAAGAUGUUACACAGAAUGGAUAUAAUGCCGUUUCUAUAAAUUUGUGAUGGAAUUGGUGUGAAAUAUUUCUUAUUGUGACCUGAGAUCAUUUGCAAAAUUCUUCUGCUUCCUUGUUUGUUCAAGAGUUGAUGGUUUUCUAGUUAACCAUGGAUAAAUUUUCACAGGAGUUUGCAGUAUCUUCAGACAUAAACAAAGAUCAAGUUUUAUGGAAAUUUAGCAGUAGAUAUAAUUUUUGAUUUGAUGAUUUUUCCAGUUUCAGCUCAUGAGCUGUGGCAAUGCUAGGGCACCGCCAUAAUUGCUAAGAAAAUACAAUAAAAAAAAAAACGAAGUUGUCAGUGAAGUAUAAUUAUGGAAAAAGAAUUCUGUGGGAAACCAAUUGAAAUUAAAACAGAGACUGGAAGCAUUGAUUUUGCUGAUGAGAUGCUGAAAGAGAUAAAAGAAGGAUCAUAUACCUGUGAUAUCUGUAAAAAGUUAUUCACUCAUAAAAGCCACCUAACUGAUCACAAACGUAUUCAUACAGGAGAAAAUCUAUAUCGUUGUGAUAUGUGUAGUAAACCAUUCUCUACAAGUGGUGCCUUAAACACUCACAAACGCAUUCAUGCAGGAGAUACACCAUAUCACUGUAAUAUCUGUGGUACAUCAUUCACUCAGAAAUGUCACCUAACUGGACACAAACGAAUCCAUACAGGAGAGACAUCAUAUCAUUGUGACAUUUGUGGUAAAACAUUUUCUACAAAUGAUACUUUAAAUACACACAAAUGUAUUUAUACAGGAGAAAAACCAUAUGAUUGUGAUAUCUGUGGUAAAGCAUUCUCUACAAGCAGUACAUUAAGUACUCACAAACGUAUUCACACAGGAGAGAAACCGUAUCACUGCGAUAUCUGUGGUAAAUCAUUCACUGAAAGUGGUACUUUAAAUACUCACAAACGCAUUCAUACAGGAGAGAAACCAUACCACUGUAGUAUCUGUGGUAAAUCAUUCUCUCACAGACGUUCCCUAACAUAUCACAGAAAUAUCCAUACAGGAGAAAGACCAUAUCACUGUGAUAUUUGUGGUAAAUCUUUCCCAGACAGAAGUAAACUAAAGAGACACAUAUAUGUUCAUACAGGAGAAAAACCCUAUAGCUGUAAUAUCUGUGGAAAAUCGUUCAGUCAAAAUGAUGACUUAAAUAAACACAUACGGAUUCAUACAGGUGAAAAGCCAUAUCACUGUGAUAUCUGUGGUAAAUCUUGCUCUCAAAGUAGUGACUUGAUUAAACAUAAGCGUGUUCAUACAGGAGAGAAACCAUAUAACUGCGAUAUCUGUGGUAAAUCUUUCUCUGAAAGUAGUGCCUUGCAUAUACACCGGCGUAUUCAUACAGGAGAGACACCAUAUCACUGUGAUAUCUGUGGUAAAUCAUUUUCUGAUGGUAGCACCUUAAUUCACCAUAAACGGAUUCAUACAGGAGAAAAACCGUUUCACUGUGAUAUCUGUGGUAAAUCUUUCUCUAAAAGUAGUGAUUUAACUAAGCAUAAGCGUGUUCAUACAGGAGAAAAACCAUAUCACUGUGAUAUCUGUGGUAAAUGUUGUUCUAGAAGUAGUGCCUUACUUAUACAUAUGCGUAUCCAUACAGGAGAAAAGCCAUAUCAGUGUGAUAUCUGUGGCCAGUCAUUCUCCAGGAAUACAAGCUUAAAUCUACACAAACGUACUCAUACAAGUGAAAAACCAUAUCACUGUGUUCUUUGUGGAGAAUCAUUCUCUCAAAGAAGCAACUUGUCUAGACACAAGUAUGUUCAUAAAGCAGAGAAGUUGUUUCUCUGUGAUAUUUGUGGUGAAUCAUUCUCUAGAAAUUUUCAGUUAACUAGACACAAACAUCUUCAUACACAGGAGUGACCAUAUCAGAGAGAUAUUUUUUGGCUACUCCUUCUCUGGACCACACCUCCAAGUUGUUAGUCUUGAAAUUUUAUUCAUUAAGGGACAUUAUGCAAAUAUAAUGAUGGUUAUUGUUUUACUGCCAAAAGAAAACAAAUAUUUCAGCAAUAUUACCAAACUGAUUAUUUGGACAGAGAGGCAAUAAAUGAUUUUUGCAAGUAAGAGUGAUAGUUGUAAAAUGUAAUGGCAAUAUUUCUGUGAAGAAGGAAUUGUGGAACAGUGAAGAAAAAGGGAGGGCAGGUAGAUAUCUUUAUAUAUAAAAGAGAAGUUGUGUGUCUGUCUCCUACGAUUUAGAUUCCUAACUACUCCCACAUUUUGCGGUGCAGUUUAACCAAAACCGGGUAUCUUAUAGUCGUGAUUCAUA